AUGUCUAUGCGUAAGCAGCUACGCACCCACACAACACACGACGCGAGAAACGAUCCAACAUCUUUUGAAACGGCAUCAACCUGCAUCAUAAAUGCACUCUUACUUCUGGCCAUGCAUCCCGAAUACCAAACAAUAUUACGUCAGGAAAUUCAUGAAGUUUUAUCCAUGGAUAUAACUCCAUUAACAACUAAUGGCGUACAGACUACCAUAACAAUGACCCAUCUGCAAGCAAUGCCAUAUUUGGAUAUGAUUUUAAAAGAAUCCUUACGUCUAUUAACUACUGUCCCGAUUAUUUUACGAAAUGUCAGUUGUGAUUUUGAUUUGAAGAUUAAAAAUGCUCAAAACAAUGGCGACUAUACGAAAAUCGUAAAGGUGCCGAAAAACACAAUUAUAGCUGGCGAUAUAUUCGAAAUGCAACGCAGCACUGACGUUUGGGGUCCGAAGGCUCGUGAAUUUUAUCCGGAACAUUUUGCGAAAAAUACAAAUGGUGAAAGUGGAACAAAACGUCAUCCUUAUGCAUAUAUACCAUUUUUGAAAGGCAUACGAACCUGCAUAGGUAAUCGUUACAGUAUCUACUUAUCAAAAAUAAUUCUCAUUAAAUUAAUCGGAUCCCUUAAUCUGCAUACCAGUACAAAGCUUCAGGAAUUGGAAUUUUGUGAAGGUGUAUCAUUAAAGUAUCGCAAUUCUGCAGAUAUAUCGUUCGAAAUUAUUUCUAUGGCGGAUGAUGACUAA